AUGGGCGGUGGUGGUGGUGGUGGUGGUAGAACUGCCGGCAGUACUGCAAUUAGCGGUACUGGUAAGACUAAUACACCGCCCGCUCUUCGUGUUGUCGUCGUCGGCGGUGGUGGUGUUGGUAAAUCCGCACUUACCAUACAAUUUAUUCAGCAAUACUUCGUGCAUGACUAUGAUCCGACUAUUGAAGACUCCUAUACGAAACAAUGUUUUGUUGAUGAGGACUUAUGUAAAAUGGAAGUACUCGACACCGCCGGUCAAGAAGAGUUUUGCACAAUGCGUGAGCAGUAUCUACGAUCCGGCAACGGUUUCCUGAUCGUAUUCGCUGUAACUGAUCGUAAUAGGUUAUUGAUCGUUAUUGAUAGUUUUUGCGCACUCGUAGCGUUUUUUGUUCUGUCCAUUUUACCGACACCUGCAUCUGCACGCCGUCAUCGGCAGGUGCAGCUGGAGCAACAACAGUCGCAUCAGAGCGCCAUUUUCGAGGAUGUUCGAAAAUUGCACACGAUGAUUUGUCGAGUAAAGGAUCGCGAUGAUUUUCCGGUGUUGUUGGUUGGCAACAAGGCGGAUUUGGAGAAUGAACGACAUGUGAGCAGAUCAGAAGCUGAAGAAUUGGCACGAUCACUUAACGUUCCCUAUGUAGAGUGUUCGGCAAAAUUACGAAUGAAUGUCGAUCAGGCGUUCCACGGUGUCGUUCGAUUAGUACGAGUUCUGUAUGAUGAUGGAGGUGAUGGCGACAACACCGACCCCGAAGACGGGGGUGUUGGUACUAUUACUGAGCGAAAGCUUGCAAACCAUUCAUCGGACGGCUAA